AUGGCUAGUACUGGUGACCCUGCUGCUAACAAAGGCAAGGCUCCAGCUUUGUAUGGUGAUGAUGAUGAUGAUCGUCAUCGCGAUAUGGUGACGAAGAUGAUGAUGAUGAAGGAAGAGCGUGUUUCCAUGGGGAUUCCACCGGGGUGGAGGUUUUGUCCUACUGAUGAAGAGUUGAUUGUGUUUUACUUGAGAAACAGAACCUGGAAUAACAGUAGAAUCAUUCAUCUUGAUAUCUAUGACUUCACCCCAAUGCAGCUUGCAGAAUAUUUUGAAAUACCAGAAGACCCUGUGAUGUUCUUCUACACCACAAGGAAACGGAAGUACAAAAAUGGCAAACGUCCAAGCCGUACAGCGAAUAUUGGGUAUUGGAAAGCAACUGGUAAGGAUACACCGAUCAAAGAAAUUGAUGGCUCAUUUGGGGUUAAGAAAUCAUUGGUCUUUUAUCUAGGACAGCAAAAAGAAGGAAAAAAGACCAAUUGGAUUAUGCACGAAUACACACUUCAAAAGGAAGAGUUUGAGGCUUGCGUUCUAUGCAAGGUAUACGAAACCUCGAGGGGCAAGAACAGCAGGAAAAAUUCAAGAAAUGAAGCGAACACAGUUUCUAAUGAUGUUGGAGAACAGGGGACAAAUCCAUCAACCACGAGAUCACAAGCUGAAGAAGAUCAAGCCCUCCGAUUUCUUCCUCUACCGCCGCCACUUCCGAAUAUUUACUGUGGCAGCUCUUCUUCUUCUUCUUCUUCCAACCUUGCUGGACAAUACGACGUUCACAUGACUAAUCACAGUGCUCAUGCAUUAAACAAUGUAUCAUUCCCACAAUGUACUUGGGCUAGCAAUGGUUUGGGAGCUCAUCCAGAGGUGACAACCCUAGCUCCAAUGGCGCAUGCACAACUAGAAAAUUCAAUUCCAUUGCUUCACAGCAUGAAUAUUUAUGAUCAAGAUGGUUAUCUACUCAAUGAAAAUAUAGAAUUUUAUCAGUCCACUGCUCCCUAUGGUUUUGAAGUUCAAUCUCUUCCAAUGUACAACAAUGUGUCACAACCUAACAACAGUGGCUAUGGCAUGGCUCCAACGGACACAACGGAGGAGGAAGAGGAACUGUACUUGCUUCACGAGCCUCUACCAGACUUCAGUUUCCCGAUCGAUGACAAUGCUGAAUGUGUUCCUUUCGGCAUGCCAGUUGAAUCUGCAAAGCCACUCAACUCUGUGACUCCCACUGACCCCGUAAUGCAGAGCACAAACCCUGGCGGGAAUAGUACCACUACUCCAAUAGAUGGUCAUUAG